AUGUACCAGAGGUAUCGGAUGGUUCUCCAAACCGCUACCGCGUGGGCCAGAGAACAAAGGAAACCGAUGAUGAGCGGGAUAAACUUUGAUGGUGAAGGUGGCGGUAGGGAAUCUUACAGCCGUCGGGUCUUGAAUGACAGUCAACAAACGCUUUGUGUUUAUUACUGGAGGCGAAACGUUGACGUCGCAUUCCUCAAGUAUGGUGAUAGCGAGUUAUUAGGUCCCUCUUUGGUGUGCCUUUAUGUCGGUCGGCUUGGAAUUGACGUCGCGCUCGUCUCCGUGGGGUUGGUGCGCGCUUUCCAUACCGUUUACAUACAGUUGGGUAAGUGCUUAUCACGGCUGUGGUUCAAGGCCCAGGUAUCUGGCCGGCCGUUGGAAACUCUCAAGACUGCAAGCAUAAGCAGCAUCACUGGAGCGUCAUGGAGCGGAUUCCUUUGUGUGAAAUAA